AGGGGUGUGCGCUUGAGCUACUGUUUGGGACCCAGACUGGUUUUCGCCUUGUUCGACAGUUACAGUUGUAGUUGCAGUCGAGAGUUGGCUUUGGUAGAUAAAAAUCUCUCAUGGGCACCCAAAAGAUUGACAACAACGCGCCGGCAAAAAUUUGCCACAUCAGCCAAAUCGAAUUGGCCAUUAAUUGAUUUAACAUGUGCAUGCCCCAAGCUGCUCACAUCAGCUCAGUUCGUUCGUUUGCUAGUCUUAAUUAAUGAAACGUAUCUUGGCCAUAUACACGCAGCUAGACGUAACAAUUAGCGUAGCUUGAUUUAUGCCAAUUGCCCAUUCUUGCCAAAAUGCAUUGCAGGAUAUAUCGACCGAUCUCACCGAUCAUGCCCGGCACCUCAUUUCCCACGAAUAACGAUAAUUUCAGCAACGGCUUCCCCAUGGCCACCACCCAAAGCGAGCGUCUGCUCCAAGCUCAGAAUCGACGCAAAUUCAGUUUCCCCGCCACUUUACAUUCCACAUCGCUGCUGGAGGUGGCCGGAGGAUCCCGCGAGACUACUCGACGCCGUCUCAGCAAUGUCAGCGAUGUGGUCACUCGCAAAUUGUCCUACACCAUUGGCUGGAAGGCCGCACAGAUUCCAGCCCAGGAUAUUAUCACACAGGGUCGCUGCCUUUGUGGACAUUAUAUCAGACGACGACUACGCCGCUCUGGGCUUUUUAAUAAGAAGCUUGGUCUGCAGCGCAUUCGCAGCAUCUUGGGCAACAGCGGCUCAUCCAUGGGCAUAGUACGCGAUGUCUUUCCCGCAGUGCAAGUGCUGGGGGAUGAGCUGGAGCGCAUGCAUCCACGCAUCUAUAAUGGUGUGGCACGUCAGAUUUGUCGCAAUCCUGGCGGCGAGUUUCAUACACCAGAUGCCGUCAGUUUGCUGCUGGGUGCAGUAGGUCGCGAACUGUUUCGUGUAGAAAUUACUUGGAGCAAGGUAAUCUCAUUAUUUGCCAUAGCUGGUGGACUCUCGGUCGACUGUGUGCGUCAGGGUCAUCCAGAGUAUUUGCCGAAACUCAUGGAGAGCGUCUCUGAAGUCAUUGAAGACGAGCUGGUGCCUUGGAUUAACGAAAACGGUGGUUGGAGCGGCAUCAACACACACGUUUUACCCACGACUAAUAGUUUAAAUCCAUUGGAAUGGACAACGCUUAUUAUAGGCGUUUUAUUUGGCUUAAUUUUACUAUUUAUGUUAAUACGUUUUAUUGUUUAUACAGUUAUUCCGAAAAUACACCAGCGAUUUACGAGUUGAUUAGCUAGUUUGAAUUGAGCGCCAAAGCAACGAUAGCAAGACGGCUCGAUAAGUUCUGUUGUUCAACGAUCUUGCAGCAGCUGU